CGGACGAGGCGCGCGCUCACUUCUCACUUUGCUCAGCACAGUAGCUCGCGACUGUUCUCCGUGCGCCCCGUGAGCCACCGGUCACCGCAGACACUCGCCUCGGGACAGCAGGAUUCCCCGGGAUUACGACGGUAUUUGUGUCAGUGGCGAUGGUGAUUGACAGAUGAUCUGACAGAGGAAGACAUCAGACGUUGUCUCCGUGCUGGUUAUUAUGGGGUGUGCCUGUUGCAAGCAGAAGAAGUCCGCCAAAGCAGCAGCAGCAACAUCAGCAGCAGUAGACGUUACAGAUCUGUCUCCUAGCAACGCAGAUGGAGGGUUGUCCGCGGCCUUGACCUCAGGCCGUUAUUGUCCCGACCCCACUCAGACCAUCCCCGACUUCAACAAGGGCUUUCCAUCAAGCACCAUCUUCCCCAACACCAACACGAACCAGCGGUCUGGAGUUACAUCAAGUGGUGGAGUCACUCUGUUUAUAGCUCUGUAUGACUACGAUGCUCGCACUGAAGAUGACCUCACUUUUCAGAAAGGGGAGAAAUUCCAGAUCAUCAACAACACAGAGGGUGACUGGUGGGAGGCUCGCUCUUUGGACACAGGCAACUCGGGUUACAUCCCCUCAAACUACGUAGCUCCUGUUGACUCUAUACAGGCUGAAGAGUGGUAUUUUGGGAAGAUGGGGAGGAAGGAUGCGGAGAGACAGCUGCUGGGCCAUGGCAACCAGAGGGGAACUUUCCUCAUACGAGAGAGCGAGACCACCAAAGGUGCUUACUCUCUGUCUAUCCGUGACUGGGACGACAACAAGGGAGACCAUGUCAAACAUUAUAAGAUCCGCAAACUAGACAACGGUGGCUACUACAUCACCACGAGAUCUCAGUUUGACACGGUGCAGCAGCUGGUCCAGCACUACACAGAGAGAGCGGCGGGACUAUGCUGCCGUCUGAUUGGCAGCUGUAAGCGGGGCAUGCCUAAGCUGGCCGAUUUAUCAGUGAAGACCAAGGAUAUGUGGGAGAUUCCCCGUGAAUCCCUCCAGCUGAUUAAAAAACUGGGCAACGGCCAGUUUGGAGAAGUCUGGAUGGGCAUGUGGAACGGUACCACUAAGGUAGCGGUGAAGACUCUGAAGCCAGGAACCAUGUCCCCCGAGGCGUUCCUUGAGGAGGCUCAGAUCAUGAAGAGACUCCGCCAUGACAAGCUGGUGCAGCUCUACGCUGUCGUGUCUGAGGAGCCCAUCUACAUUAUCACCGAGUUCAUGAGCCAAGGAAGUUUAUUGGACUUCUUAAAAGAUGGGGAGGGUCAGAGUCUGAAGCUGCCUCAGCUGGUGGACAUGGCUGCACAGAUUGCAGCUGGGAUGGCGUACAUCGAGAGGAUGAACUACAUCCAUCGUGACCUGCGGGCAGCUAACAUCCUUGUUGGAGACAACUUGGUGUGCAAGAUCGCCGACUUCGGCCUGGCUAGGCUCAUCGAGGACAACGAGUACACCGCCAGACAAGGGGCGAAGUUCCCCAUCAAGUGGACGGCUCCAGAAGCUGCAUUGUAUGGACGCUUUACCAUCAAGUCGGAUGUGUGGAGCUUUGGCAUCCUGCUAACUGAACUCAUCACUAAGGGACGGGUGCCAUACCCAGGCAUGAACAACCGUGGGGUGCUGGAGCAGGUGGAGAGGGGCUACAGGAUGCCCUGUGCCCCGGGCUGCCCCGCCUCGCUCCAUGAACUGAUGGUGCAGUGCUGGAGGCGGGAGGCCGAUGAGAGGCACACUUUUGAGUACCUGCAGUCCUUCCUGGAGGAUUACUUCACCGCCACAGAGCCGCAAUACCAGCCCGGAGAAAACCUGUGACGGCACACACGAGUGUCGGACAGAUGAUGAGCAAUAAACGGACAAACAGAAAGACAGACAGGCAGACAUGGAUGUAUACAUACAGACACACUGAUAGGCAUGUCAUAAUGCAUACUUCUUUGUAUUUGCGCCAUGCACGCACACGCACACACACACACACACAUACACAAAGACACACACACACACACACA